UAUGGCGGUGGUUGGGUUUGUUUCUUCGUGAGUAUUGUGAUGAUCGGUUUCAUGACUGCCGUUAUCGGUGAUGUAGCCUCCGCCUUCGGCUGUACGAUCGGGCUUACAGAUGCCGUCACAUCAACAACCUUUGUCGCUUUGGGUACCAGUCUUCCCGAUACCUUCGCUAGUAAGGUGGCUGCCGUCAAUGAUCAAUACGCAGAUUCCUCCAUAGUCAAUGUGACUGGUAGUAAUGCAGUUAACGUAUUCCUGGGCAUCGGUGUCGCUUGGACAAUUGCCACAAUUGUUCAUUGGGUCCGUGGAACUGCCUUCGUCGUCCCUGCUGGCUCCCUUGGAUUCUCAGUCACAAUCUUCUGCAUUUUUGCUGUCUUUGCUAUCGUGCUACUCGUCCUUCGACGAAAACCCGCUAUGGGUGGAGGGGAACUCGGUGGAGUCAAGACUGGAAUCAAGUGGGCUUCAUCGAUCUUUUUCCUUGCCCUCUGGAUGAUCUAUGUCCUUCUCACAUCUCUCGAGAAUUACUGUCAUAUUGUUGGCUUCUAA